AUGGUGAUGGCUUGGUUGUUGAAUGCUCUCACAUCAGCCCUUGCCAAUAGUGUCAUCUAUGCCGACACCCCUGCUGAAAUUUGGAGUGAUUUGCAGGAUCGAUUCUCUCUUGGCAAUCUUACUCGUGUUUUUCAAAUUCGGAGGAUCAUCGCCGAACACAAACAAGGUCAGCAAACUAUCUGUCAAUACUACACAAAAUUGAAAUCCCUUUGUGAUGAAUUGGGCUCUUAUCAAUCCGUACUGUACUGCACCUGUGGAGCCUUGAAGGUGUUGCGAGCACGCCAGGAUGAAGAGCAAGUCAUACAAUUUUUGAUGGGUCUCAAUGACUCAUACACAGCCAUUCGAGGCCAAAUUUUAUUUAAGAAGACUGUUCCUUCUGUUAAGAAGGCCUAUUCCAUGAUUAUGCAGGAAGAACAACAACGUGAAGUGGGAGAACACACUCUGUCUGAAGUUGCACAUGCCAUGAACGUGAGCAACAAGUCAUUCAAGCCCCUAGCUCCUCCUCUACCAGCAACUCCAAAGCACAAGAGACCAACUCUUCCAAACAUACCUCUCAAAGAAGCAAUUCACGCAAACCUCUCUUUUGUACCUAUUGUUCAUGGCAAAGAUGUCAAGCCACCCAAUUGCUCCAAGAAACCUUCCAUAGCAAAUCAGACACAAUCUACUCCACCACCCGCCAUAGAAGGUUUCAAAUUCUCCGCUGAGGAGUAUGCUCAACUCAAGUCCUUGCUUCGUGAUGGUAAACCUCGUGCAAAUUUCACAGGACCUGACUUCGAAGAGGAUGAUUGGCCUGGGGAAACAAGUUAA